AACCUGAAGCUGCAGAGUAGAAAAUUCGGAGAAGAAGAGUGAGGAGACGCUCUGUCAUGGCGGCCAAGGUGGCUUUGGUGGCCGUCCCGGCGGUGCUGGGAAUAGCCUCCAUCAGAGUGUACACCAUUAGUGAAGUGCCAACUGAAGGUCUCAUUACUCGAGAGAAGCUGAACAUUUACACCCCAGUGACAAAGUCUGCUGAGGCCCAGCUUAUUCCUGAUCAGCCAGGGCUGGUCGAAAGUUGCCUAAGUACAGCGAGAGAAGGCCUACUACCCUUUGUCCAUGUGUUGAAGGGAGCCUGUGUGUCUGUGAAAAGAGGAAGUGUAAAUAUAUACCACGCUGGAGAGGAUGUGUACUAUUACUUGAAAGAUCCUCCCCCGGGUUUCUUACCCAGGUUUGGCACAAUCACUAUGGCUGGGCUACUUGGCAUGUUCUUGGCACGCAAAGGUUCUCGUUUGAAGAGGAUCGCAGUUCCAUUAGGUCUCAUGAGUGCUGGGGCAUCAGUGUGCUACCCUGCCCAAGCUGUGGCUGUCUUUAAGGUGACAGGAAAGAAGAUGUAUGCUGCAGGCCAGUGGAGCCAUGCUGCUGUGUCUUCAUUGCUCUCCUCUAAGGCUCCAGAGCCUGAUGCUUUUCCACAGCCACAGGCUGCGCCACCUCCAGACGCUGCAGUGGUUGACGAGCCUCGUCACGCCUCAGAGCCAGGCUCGGCACAGCACGCUGCCAUCUCAGACACCGAGACGGGAUCAGUGGAGUGUGUUCCAACCGCUGAUAAACUCAUCAUUGCUAUCGCAGCAGAAGAGAUGUCAGUCACAAGCACAGAGAUCUCAGCCGAGCAAGUCCCUGCAGAGAUAGCUCCUGAAGAAUCACUUCACUCUGUUCAAAGUGAGGUGCCUCAAGCCCAUGAAGAAGCAGCAGAGGGCGCUCUUGCUUUAUCUGAAGAUCCAGUAAAAUCAUUAGAGGUCACCUCAUUUGACGGGCCACCUACUGAGGCUUUGCCUGCUGAGCCCACACCAAGUUCAGAACCUGAGACCAAGGAGUUUGCUCAAGUUGAAUCGUCUCCAGCUAAGGUUCCUGCUUGCAUAGAGGAGCCGCCUACUCCAAAGACCUCAAAUGAACCAGCAGUGCCAGUUGUGGAAACCGACGAACCAGUGGUGGCUGAAUUGGGGCAGGAAGGCUCACAGAUACACACAGACACACAUGCUGAACAGCCAGGUGCAGACAGAAAAGGAGAAACUGGGUUUACACCGGAUCCAGCCCUCUUGGACUUUGGCCAGUCUAAUCCUGAGGACGAAGACCUGUACAGCACUCGCUGAUAAAGCCAGCUGUCACACAGCUCAUCCAGAUCGAUACACUGUAUCGUCACAUAGAAUUAAAGGUGCAUAAAAAAGUUUUAAUUCCUGACGCAAAAUUUUUACUCACAGCUCAAAGUGGUUUAAAAUGGUAGAAAAACAGAUGUGAGUGCAUGUGUCCUACAGAUGGCUGACUGUGUAACCGUCCCUCUCUAUGAUGUUUUGCAACUAUUCGCUGAAAUGUUGCCGUUCCCACUGUUCGGGUUUCUCAAUGCAGCGGUGCACCAUGUUGAGCGGUUCGUAACACUGCAUGCCAAAUGACCAUGAGAAAAAGGUGGAUGUAAAGUUGUGCAAUUUUAUCACCAAAAAAUGUCUUCACUUAUUGAUUGAAGAAGUCAAAUAAAUCUAUAUUUUUCAUGAA